GACCGGUGCGGCGCCUGCGCACUGGAACCAGGCGUGCGGCGCCCCAGGCGCCGGGCCUGCGGCGGCCGGAACCGGAACGCGCGCCCGCGGGGUAGGAGACCUGGAGCUGGAGAACCCGCCCGCCAGAGUCGUAGUAGUGGAUGGGGAGUAGCCGUCCCAUUUUCAACACGUGUCUCAUUCUAAACUGACGUUCUGGUGGGCUGGCCGAAGAAGGAGAAAGACCCGCGGCUCCGACCUCUGACCUCUAACCCCGGACGCACUUUGAUUUCGCCGGCUUGCGCGGAAGGCUGACUCCCUGGGCCGCGGCCUGGCGGGGGAGCCGCCUGUGGGGUGUCCCCGGCGCGGGAGGGUGCUCUGGUUCAGGCCUGCUGCCCAGGUAUGCACAAGUCAAGGCCUUUUCUGCAGACCAAGUAGCCUUCCCUGGAGAGCGCCCCCAGCACCACGGAAACUAUCUAUAUGCCCCGCGGUGGUCAGCCCGCCUUAUCCCAGCCCCGAGACCCAAAACAAGAAGCAUGGACUGAAUUUGAGGUUUCUGGAUGGUCGUGUGAACCGAGGGGACGGGUAGUGGACUGACAAGAAAUGAGCCUUGAAGGUCAAUCUGGGUGACACCCGAGUCUCCUGAUGGAGUUUCACUAUGUUGCCCAGGCUGAUCUGGAACUCCUGACCUCAAGCAAUCCACCUGCCUCAGCCUCCCAAAGUACUGGGAUUACAGGAGGGAGCCACCGUGCCCGGCCUGGUCCUGUGCAUUUUAUAGAUAAGGUAACUGACAAACCUAGCCACAGUCACCCCUUCGCCCUAAAGGAGAACUGGAAUUUGAACCCAGAGCCUUGUUCACCACCACCUCCGUUGUUUCUGGAAGCACCCUCCAGGCAGGCCAGCCAGCAUCACGGGGCCUCCCCUGGGGCUGGAACGUCUGCAGGAUGCCCCUUUGGGAAAUGCUGUUCCACAGAACCCUGCCUUUCAGGCCUUGGAGACGUGGGCAGGGGAGAAGCAGCGUCCCUCAGAGCCAGGCCUGGCAGUGGUGCCAGCAGGGGCCGAGGCCCAGGGAGCAGGGUCUCCUGUCGGAGGGACCUGGGCAAGCCCUUCCACGUGCCAGCGGGUUUCUCAGCAGGGGAGGUCCACACCACACCGCCUGGGAACCUGGGUGCCUAAACGCAACAGGAGCCAAGGCACAAAUUUAACCAAACACCAAGGUUGCGUGAGGCCCCAAUUCAUGAGCCGGGCUCCAAGGACGUGUCCUUAGGCGGCUCUGGAAGGCCCAGCGCCAGCCCCCGUCCUCUGUUAAAGGGAGCCAGCCCCGCGGCUCCGCCCGGGCAUGGUAGCCUGAGCACACCCCCAGGGUAGUAGGGGGCACCUGAAGAGCAGGGUCUGCCCUGGCAUGAGCAGAGCCCAGUUUGGGGUCAGGGUCAGGCCCUGCCAGAGGCUGGAGGGUGCCCAAGGCGAGGCCGGUGAGGCCCAGCUCUACAAAUAAAGUGUUUUAUUUACAGGA